UCCCACUUUGGCUUUCUCACUGCAAACACCACAGAGAGACCGAGCGAGAGAGAGAGAGAGAGGAAGAGAUCAAAAGCUCGUCCGUACGAACAAAGAGCCGUUGCCGGUCACCGGAAAACGACCUUUUCUACCUCCGUUUCUCUCUCCUCCGCCGACAAAUCGCCAUGUCAGAAGCCCGCCGCUUCCCUUUCGCCGGAAACCUCGACCCGACAGCCCGAGAGUUCGUGCCCGGAACCUCAAAUCCGAUACCUAACGCAAUUCACUUCUUCACCCCAACCUCCGUCUUCUUCCCCUACCCUCCUCCUCCUCCUCCUCCGGCGACGGCCUUUCCUCCGCUUCUUCUCCCUCCGCCGCCGCAGUACCCUAACGACCUCCAGUUCCUGCCGUUUUACUCUCCUCCUCCGCCGCCGCCGGAAACCAGUCCAGAGCCUCUGCUCCCUCCGACAUCGGUGGCGCCGACGAGGGCGGUGGUGCUGAUAUCGGUAGCUGCUGACGUCAGCGAAUCGGCGGUGAGGCGUGACGUGGAGGUCUUCGGCGAGAUCCGUGGGGUCCAGAUGGAGAGGGCAGUUGAGGGGAUCGUGACCGUCCAUUUCUACGAUAUCAGGAACGCUCAAACCGCCUUGACUGAGAUACGCGAGCGUCACAUGCAGCAACAGUUUCGCUACAGCUCCGGCGUCAACGGCGGCGGGUUUUUCCCGGCGGAGCGUGGGCUCGUCGUCGGCCGGGCCGUGUGGGCCCAUUACGCCGUCCCGGCGACCGGCGCCGUCGUCGAAGGGAACAACCAAGGCACGCUCGUCGUUCUCAAUUUGGAUCCCACCAUCUCCAACACUUCUCUCCGUGAGAUUUUCCAAGUUUACGGAGCUGUGAAGGAGCUGAGGGAGACACCGUACAAGAAACACCAAAGGUUCGUGGAGUUCUACGAUGUAAGAGACGCUGCAAAAGCCCUAAUGGAGAUGAACGGGAGAGAAAUCCAUGGCAAACCUGUCGUGAUCCAGUUCAGCCGUCCCGGUGGAUUCAACAAGCGACUCUUUCUCUCCUCGCAACAGCACUAUCACAACAAACACCUCCUCCUCCUGCCCCCUCCUCCACCGCCGCCGCAAGAUUUCUCCGGCCACCACCCCCGCCGCCGGUUUCCUCAUUCACCUCCUAGAAAACCGCCGGUUUAUCACCGGAGGGGAAGCUCCGCCGUGGCUGCGUCCAUGGCAGCGUUGUCUCUCCGAGAUGAUGCGGAGAGGACGACCAAGUGUUACGUGAAGAAGAGCGAUUCGAGCUCGAGCGAUCACGCGUACAAGAAGCAUCAUCAGGAGAGGAAUAACAACAAUGGCGUCUGCAGGUAUUAUUCGAGGAAUAAUAACAAGCCAUCGAAGAAGAUCCGCGAUGCAUGUUACGUGAUAAACGAAGACGCGAUCUCCGAGUCAAGUGGCGUUUGCAGAGAUGAACGUACCACUCUCAUGAUCAAGAACAUCCCCAACAAGUAUAGUCAGCAGAUGCUUCUGAACAUGCUGGACAGCCAUUGCAUCCAUUGCAACGAAGAAGAGGAUGCGACCUUGUCUUCGUAUGAUUUUGUAUACCUUCCCAUUGAUUUCAACAACAAAUGCAAUGUGGGAUAUGGAUUUGUGAACAUGACAUCUCCUCAAGCGGCUUGGAAGCUCUACAAGGCGUUCCAUCAUCAGCAUUGGGAGGUUUUCAAUUCAAGGAAGAUUUGCGAGGUCACUUAUGCUCGAGUUCAGGGGUUGGAGGCGUUGAAGGAGCAUUUCAAGAACUCGAAGUUUCCAUGCGAGACGGAGGAAUACGUGCCGGUGGCGUUCUCGCCGCCGAGAGAUGGCCGGAAUUUCUCCGAGCCUGUCCCGAUCGUCGACGUCGUCGGGAAAAUCUCCGGCAACGAUGACCGUGAUCAUGCUCAUGCUCAUGAUGACGAUGGCAAGAAUAAAAUGGAUGAUGAUUAUGAUGAUAAUGAUGAUGAUGCAUGUGGUGGGUCUUGUGACAAGACCGAGAUGAAUAAUAGAUUUGACGGCUGCUGCAUCGGCGGCGGCGGGGGAGUUGGAGGUGAAGAUGGUCGCGGUGAAAACGGCGGCGUUUCGGAUCACGAUGAGGAUGAUGACGUGGACGCCUGCAACAAUUAAUAAUGACCAUGGUUUUUGCUCAUUAGGCCUUUUGUUGUAGCUCCAUAGCUCUCUCUCUCUCCCCUUGGUUAUUUUAUUAUUCCCUAUUUUAUUUUCUCGUGUUUUG